AUGGUUAGAAAUUCAAGAAGUGAUGGAGCUUCGGUAUUGGCAAACACACCAUCAACAACAACAAUGCCUUCAAGUACGCAAAAUCAGGUUAGUGAAAUCGAAGAGACACUGGAGGAAAGGAGGAAACGGUUUUUGCUUGAAGUUGAUGCAAAGCAUGCAUAUGCUAAUGAUAAAGACGAUGCAACAAAGCGUUUUCAAUAUUUAUUAGGAUUAAGUCCGAUAUUUAGGAAAUUCAUUGACCUUAAUGCUUCUAAGGAUCCCGAGUUUAAAAAGCGUGUUCGAGAAAUAGAUUUUCAACAGUCAUUUAAAGAGUCCUCCUCAAAGAGCAAGAGAAGGAAAAAUUCAUCCAGAAGACGCAAAACUGAAAAGGAAGAGGAUGCUGAAUUAUUACACGAUGAAGAGAAUGAGGAUGAUGAGGAACAUCAACAUACUAUCAUAACCGAGUCCCCCUCUUAUGUCAAAGAAGGUAAACUACGGGAGUAUCAGAUUGAAGGUCUCAAUUGGCUUAUAUCACUAAAUGAGAAUAGAUUAAGUGGUAUUCUUGCUGAUGAGAUGGGUCUUGGAAAAACUUUGCAAACCAUUUCUUUUUUGGGUUAUUUACGUUACAUCAAGCAUGUUGAUGGUCCAUUCAUUAUCAUUGUUCCCAAAUCUACCUUGGAUAAUUGGAGAAGAGAAUUUUCAAAGUGGACGCCAGAUGUCAAAGUUGUUGUUUUACAAGGCGACAAAGAGCAAAGAAACGAUAUCAUCCAAAACCAACUAUAUACUGCACAAUUUGAUGUCUUGAUUACUUCGUUUGAAAUGGUUUUGAGGGAAAAAAGCGCUUUGAAAAAGUUUAGGUGGGAAUAUAUUGUUGUUGAUGAAGCCCACAGGAUCAAAAAUGAACAAAGCUCGCUAUCACAAAUAAUUCGAUUGUUCUACUCAAGAAAUCGUUUGUUGAUAACGGGAACUCCUCUCCAGAACAAUCUACAUGAGCUAUGGGCUCUUUUGAAUUUCUUGUUACCGGAUGUGUUUGGGGACUCAGAGCAAUUUGACGAAACUUUUGACCGACAAAACGGGAAUUCUGAGCUCGAUGAGAAAGCCAAACAAGAAGAACAGGAUAAGGUUAUCCAAGAAUUGCAUCAACUUUUGAGUCCUUUUUUACUUCGACGUGUUAAGGCAGACGUUGAAAAAUCGUUGCUUCCAAAAAUCGAAUCGAAUGUCUACACUAGAAUGACAGAUAUGCAACUAGAAUGGUACAAGAAGCUAUUAGAGAAAGAUAUAGAUGCAGUCAACGGCGUUGUAGGUAAGCGGGAGGGUAAGACAAGGCUCUUGAAUAUUGUGAUGCAAUUAAGGAAAUGUUGCAACCAUCCAUAUUUAUUUGAUGGCGCAGAGCCAGGUCCGCCAUAUACAACCGAUGAACACCUUAUCGAUAAUUCUGGUAAGAUGAUUAUUUUGGACAAAAUGUUGAAAAAAUUUCAAAAAGAAGGCAGUCGAGUACUCAUUUUCUCGCAAAUGUCAAGGGUGUUGGACAUACUUGAGGACUAUUGCUACUUUAGGGAUUACGAGUACUGUCGUAUUGAUGGAUCUACAUCUCAUGAAGAUAGAAUAGAGGCAAUUGACGAGUACAAUGCCCCUGAUUCUGCCAAAUUUGUUUUUCUUUUAACCACGCGUGCUGGGGGAUUGGGUAUUAAUUUGACUUCUGCCGAUAUCGUUAUCUUAUAUGACUCUGAUUGGAACCCGCAGGCAGAUUUGCAGGCUAUGGACAGAGCACAUAGAAUUGGCCAAAAGAAGCAAGUCAAGGUCUACAGAUUUGUUACUGAGAAUGCCAUUGAGGAGAAGGUACUCGAAAGAGCUGCACAGAAGUUGAGGCUAGAUCAACUAGUAAUUCAACAAGGACGACUGGCUAAUGCCAACAACAAUGUGGGGAAUUCCAAGGACGAUUUGAUUGAGAUGAUUCAACAUGGUGCUCAGAAAGUGUUCGAAGGUGGUAAGAAUAAAGGGGAGGAAGAUGCUAUAGAGGAUGACAUUGACAAAAUCUUGGAAAGAGGAAUGGAAAAGACCAAAAAAAUGAAUGAAAAAUUCAAUAAAUUGGGUCUUGAAGAUCUACAAAACUUCACCUCUGAUGGAUCGGCAUAUCAAUGGAAUGGUAAGGACUUUGCAAAGAAAGAAACCAGUGGUUUGGGCUUUAGCUGGAUCAAUCCUUCAAAAAGAGUGAGAAAAGAACAGACUUAUUCAGUGGACAAUUAUUACAAAGAUGUGUUGAAAGCCCCGCCAGCUGUACCUAAAGAAAAAGUACAGAAACAAAUCGUGGUAAAACCUAAAGCUCCCAAACAAUAUACAGCCCAAGACCAUCAGUUUUUUCCACCAGGGUUGGUGAGUUUACUUGAAAGAGAACAGUUGGCAUAUAAGAAGGAAAUUAAAUUCAAGUAUUCACUUGAUGAUUUUGGAGAUUCGGAUGAAGAGUUUCUAGUCGAAGAAGAGAAAGACGAGCUUUCUCGAGAACAGAAAAGAAAACAAGAGCAGAAAAAAAUUGACAAUGUGGAGCCAUUGACCGAAGAAGAGAUCCAACUCAAGGACAAACUACUUGCAGAAUCGUUUUAUAACUGGUCUCGACGAGACUUUACAAAUUUUAUUCAUGCAACGGCAAAAUACGGACGAGACGCUUAUGCCAAAAUCUCCAAAGCUUUGGGCAGAAACACAGCCGGUUCCGCGGCCAAGACACGACUGGAAGUGGAGAGAUAUGCACAGACAUUUUGGGAGAAAUACAAGCAGAUUGAUGGCUACGAAAAGUAUAUUAAUCAAAUUGAGACACUGGAGAAGAAAAGAGAAAAGUUGCAAAAUCAGCAGAAUAUACUAGUGUCCAAAAUUGAAAGUUUGCAAGACCCAAGGGAGGAUUUAGCAAUUGUUUACCCACCAAAUAAUUCUAAGAGGGUGUACUCAAAAAGUGAAGACAAGUUUCUUCUCAACUGUGUUUACAAAUUUGGUAUAUUCGACGAAAAAUUGAAUAACAGGAUUAAGCAAGAAAUUUUCGAUUCGGAGAUGUUCAAAUUUGACUGGUACUUUCAAUCGAGAACACCACAAGAAUUGGGAAGGAGGGUUAAUACAUUAUUGCUUGCUUUAUCAAGGGAGGUUGAUGGUCCGGCGUCUACUCAUAAAACCAGGAAAAAAAUCGACGUUUCUGCUAGCAGUUCUCGAGUUGGAUCCACGGAACCAAGUACAAUAGUGGAGAAACGGCCAGCCUCCGAAGUCUCCGAAGUGCUGCCGAUAAUCAAGAAACUCAAAUCAUAA